UGAGAUGGAAAUGUAGGACCCACUUAGUAUUGUUAAUAAGUUCUCUCAUAUCAUAUCAUAUCAUAUGGCGUGGCAUUACCAUCGCUCCUCUUCCUUCCACCGCCAUUGCAUUAUAUAUAUCUCCUUCUUCUAAAUCUGAACCAUUCUUCUUCUUCUUCGUCAUAUCCAUUAAUUACCUGCUUGAUUUUCUAGUGCUUUCACUUCCCCAUGGCGCUCGCUUCCUCAUCCCGUUCUCUUCUUCUUCUUCUUCUUCCUAACAACAAUAAUCUCACUCCAAUUACAAGCGGGAGGUUGUUGCCGAUAACGGGGUCUCUGCAGCGCCGCCGGAGAGAUUCUGCCCUAAGCCAUAAACAUUGGAACACCAGUCGGAAUGCGGUUCUGAGAGAAGAGAUGGAGGCGACGGCGGUUCCAACGUCGGUCCCGGUGCGCGUAGCCCUGGAGCUUCUCCAAGCCGGACAGCGAUACUUGGACGUCAGGACGCCGGAAGAGUUCGCCGCCGGCCACGCUCCCGGUGCCAUUAACAUCCCUUACAUGUACAGAGUCGGAUCAGGGAUGACGAGGAACCCUCAUUUCUCGGCGGAAGUGGGGAUUUAUUUCAGAAAAGAUGAUGAAAUUAUUGUUGGAUGCCAAAGUGGAAAGCGGUCUCUGAUGGCUGCCGCUGAUCUUCUUGCUUCCGGAUAUAGUUGCGUAACAGACAUGGCGGGUGGAUAUGAAGCUUGGUCCCGCAAUGGACUCCCUAUGGCGGAGUUGUAAAGAUUUACUAUUGGACUUAGCCUGCUGCAAAUGUACAGUUACCAACAAAAAAUAAUGCCUCACUAUUUUACAACCAAAAAAAAAAAAACACCCUGUCCCAAAGAAAAAAUGUUGGGUUCGAUCGAAUGUAUUUUAGAUUCGAGUCUUUUCACUCUCGGUUACUUAGUAGAGGAAAAAAAUGCUUUUGAAGCAAUCAUGUUUAGACUUUGAUCAAUGUUCGUAAAUAUUGAUAAGCGUAAACUUGUUGUCA